AUGGCUGUUAGCCUUGACAUAGCCAAGGCUUUUGAUCGGGUCUGGCACAAAGCUCUUCUCUCCAAACUCCCGUCAUACGGCCUGCCUGCCCAGUUCUGCAACUGGGUCGCUGGCUUCCUGCAUGAGCGCAGAAUCCGAGUGCUGUCAGACGGAUGCGCUUCGGAAUUCAUGUCAGUGAACGCUGAUGAUAGUACAGUGCACGGAGGGUAUAAUGGUCACCCUGCGGCUGGGCGGGUCGAGACUGAAGAGAAGCGAGUGAAUCUUGUCAUUGAGCUCAAUCGGGUGUUGGACCUCAUAUCUCAAUGGGGCUCCAAUAAUCUUGUUGAGUUCAAUGCCAAGAAAACACAGGUGUGCGCGUUCACGGCAAAAAAGACACCAUUCCUUCCCCUUCCUUCUCUUCAGGGCACACCACUUAGCCUACAGAGCAGCAUUAGCAUGCUCGGUACGGAGAUUCGCUGCGAUCUGAACCAGAGGGACUACAUUGAAGCCGUGAUAAAAACAGCUUCACGUAAACUCGGUGUCCUGAACAGAGUGCGACGCUUCUUCGCGCCGGAUCAGUUGUGUCUCUUGUAUAAGACACAAGUGCGAUCGUGCGUGGAGUAUUGUUCGCACCUCUGGGACGGUUCCGCUAAGUACCUUCUCGAUGCCUUGGACAGAUUGCAGCGGCGCGCUAUACGCAUUAUCGGCAAUGCAGAGGUCACUAAUACUCUCGAACCUCUGCAAUUGCGUAGAGAUAUUGCGUCACUCAGCGCUUUCUACCGUUUAUACCACGGCGAGUGCUCUGAAGAACUCUUUGACCUUAUCCCACCUUCUCCCUUCCUCCAUAGGAGCACGCGUGCUGCUCUCCGGAGUCACCGCUAUACUGUCUCUAGCAUUCCAUCGCGCACAAAGAAAUUUGGUGACUCGUUUCUUUGUCGCACAUCCAAAAGAUGGAACAAUCUACCAGCACACGUAUUUCCUCCUUCCUAUGACUUGGGGUCCUUCAAGCGAGGCGUGAAGAAGCACCUUGUAGGCCGGCAGGGUGAGGGCGACUGA